AUGGUGGCCAGCAAAUGCGGGGAGGAGUCAGUUGCAAUUGACCGUGUGAAGCUGCUGAAGACUGGCGGUGGCACACUCCUAAGUGCCUUCGUCACGCUCAGCUCAGAAGAAGAGGCGCCGGGAUUUCCGCCGUUGGCGCGGCACUGCACCGCGCGGCUGAAUGGCGCCCGCUACGCUGGACAGGUCCUGGCCGCCAGCGUCGCGCGGAAUCGCGAAGGAUCCCAAGGGCCGCGGAAGGCGAAGGACGGAGACGGUGGCACCGGUGGGAGGAACCGAGCUGUUGGGGUUGGUGAGAGCUCUACGGCACCGGAGGUGGCUGAGUCCAAACAAGCGUUCUUGCAAGAUCUGCCUACUAGCACGGACAAGAAAGGGUCCUUGGAGGUGAGGCCUGCCAAUUUGCACAUGAGAAGAGCGCGGUGGGUGGCCGGCGCCUACCGCCCUGCCGCUUCUUUGCUGCAGGAGAGAUGGGACUAG